GGCACCAGAGGGGAUGCUCAAGAGGGCUGGAGAUGUUGCAAGGCUGCUCGUAAGGCUUUCCAGAUGCAGACACUUUAUGAGCGGCCUGCUUCUUCUCGUGGGCCCCUUUUUCCCCACCAGCCGCAGCGCUCUUUCCUCCGCCUCCCUUAAGCAGAAAUACAACAUUAAACAAACAUCUGGCAAAAGGCUGGCUGGCCCACAUCUGGGCAGCGUUAGCAGAGCCUGGGACCUGCUUGAAGGAACAAGCCGCUCUUUUUCAGGAGGCGGAAGGCGAGGUUUCCUGUGCGGACUCAAGGCGAGGAGCAUGUGGGGUCAGUUGGGCUGAGAUGCAUCUCCAAUAAGCCUGAAUUUUCUUCUACAGCGGAUUAACCUUAAGAUGCUUCCAAAAGCCUCCCCCAUCCUGCUGCUUCUCUGGGCAAAAGUGGCCUCCUCCACAUGGCAUGAAGGAUCUGGCUACUCUGCUGCAGAAGGGCAAACCAAUGAAGUUCACAUUGAGGAAACGUCCCGUCAUCGUAGCCCAGAAUAUCGAGUCCCGCAGUGGUGUCACCUGCUCAACAUUCACCAUGGGGAGGCUGCCUGUUAUUCUCCCCGCGGAGGGGGCUACCCAAGCAGCCUGGGGACCCGCUGCGAACUCUCCUGCGACCGCGGAUACCGCUUGAUCGGCCAGAAGUCCGUGCAAUGCUUGCAGAACCGCCGCUGGUCUGGGAUGGCCUACUGCAGACAGAUCCGGUGCCAUACAUUGCCGUCUGUUUAUCAUGGUUCGUACCAAUGUUCAGAUGGAGCAAAGGUGGACUCUCACUGCGACUAUACCUGCCGGCCCGGAUAUUCCCUGGAGGGUGAUCGCAGCCGCGUGUGCUUGGAGGAUGGACGCUGGAGUGGUGGCGAGCCAAUUUGUGUAGUAGACAUAGAGCCACCCAAAAUUCAAUGUCCUGACUCCCGAGAGCGACUGGCAGAGCCAGGGAAACUGACAGCCGUUGUGUUCUGGGAUCCGCCCCGGGCCAAGGACUUGGCUGACGGCAUCAUCAAACGAAUGACGCUCCGAGGCCCAGAACCCGGAUCUGAAUUUUCCGAAGGAGAACACAUUAUUCGCUACACCGUCUAUGACCAGGCAUUCAACCGAGCGAGCUGCAAGUUUUCUGUGAGAGUCCAAGUAAGUCGUUGCCCUGCUCUGAAGGCUCCUGAGCACGGGUACAUCAGCUGCGACUCUGCGGGCAACAACUACGGAGCGACUUGCGAGUAUCAGUGUGGUGGAGGCUACGAGCGCCAAGGUUCCCCUUUGAGGGUCUGCCAGUCGAGUCGCCAAUGGUCAGGCUCAGAGCCCAUCUGUGCGCCCAUGCAGAUCAACGUGGAUGUAAACUCUGCUGCCAGCCUUUUGGACCAGUUCUACGAAAAGCGCCAGCUGCUCAUCAUCUCUGCUCCGGAUCCCUCUGACCGUUUCUACAAAAUGCAGCAUGCCAUGUUGCAGCAAGCCACUUGUGGGCUGGACUUGCGGCAUAUCAGUGUCAUUGAGCUGGUGGGGCAGCCACCCCACGAAGUGGGCAGGAUCCGCGAGCACAAGCUUUCAGACAACAUCAUUGAGCAGCUCAGGCUGUUCCUCCAUAUCACCCGUCACCGCUUCAAUAUCGUGUUUGUUGACAAAGAUGGGGUGGACCGCGAGCGCUACAUCGAGCCGGUGACACCGGAUGAGCUCUUUUCCUUUGUGGAUGACUAUCUGCUCAGCAGCCAAGAAGAGCUCCAGAGGGAACAGAACAGGGAUGUCUGUGAGUGACAACGGACGGCUCUGAUCCUCGAAGCAACAACUGGACACCUCCAAUCUCCACCAUCCCUGCAGUUGGAAUCUCCUUUCGGUGCUCUCCUUGACUUGAGAUCAAACAGAUGUAAACCUUUGAGGGACAUAAUAGACCAGGGGUCCCCAAACUAAGGCCCGGGGGCCGGAUGCGGCCCUCCGAGGUCAUAUACCUGGCCCCCGCCCUCAGUUUUAUAAUAUAAUAUAUUGUAUAUACAUAUAAUAUUGAUAAUAAUAUUAUAAUGUAAUACAAUAUAACACUAAUAAUAAUACCAUAUGAUAAUAAUAUUAAUUAUAUAUUCUAUAUUACAUAUAAUAUUACUACUAAUAUUACAGUAUAGUGGUAUAGUUCAAUAUAGUAAUAUAUAAUGGUAAUAUUGUGCGAUGCUAAUAAUAUAAUAUAUUGUAUGUACAGUAGAGUCUCACUUAUCCAACAUAAACGGGCCGGCAGAAUGUUGGAUAAGCGAAUAUGUUGGAUAAUAAGGAGGCAUUAAGGAAAAGCCUAUUAAACAUCAAAUUAGGUUAUGAUUUUACAAGUUAAGCACCAAAACAUCAUGCUAGACAACAAAUUUGGCAGAAAAAGUAGUUCAAUAAGCAGUAAUGCUAUGUAGUAAUUACUGUAUUUAUGAAUUUAGCACCAAAAUAUCACAAUAUAUUGAAAACAUUGACUACAAAAAUGUGUUGGAUAAUCCAGAACGUUGGAUAAGCGAGUGUUGGAUAAGUGAGACUCUACUGUACAUAUAAUUUGUAAGCCACUGAGUCCCCUUUGGGGUGAGAAGGGUGUGAUACAAAUGUAGUAAAUAAAUGCAGUAAAUAAUAAAUAAAUAAAUAAAUAAAUAAAUAAAUUUUAGACUUGGGCUCAGCCAAAGUCUGAAAUGACUUGAAGGCACACAACAACAACAACAACAACAACAACAAAAACCCUAAUUAAUUUGACUAUCUCAUUGGCCAGAAGCAGGACCACACUUCCCAUUGAAAUCCUGAUAAAUUUAUGUUGGUUAAAAUUGUUUUUAUUUUUAAAUAUUGUAUUGUUCUUUCAUUGUUGUUGUUGUUGUUGUUGUUGUUUUUGCACUACAAAUAAGACAAAUGCAGUGUGCAUCAGAAUUUGUUUGCAUUUUUUUCAAAUGAUAAUCCGGCCCCUCAACAGUCUGAAGGAUUGUGGACCGGCCCUCGGCUUAAAAAGUUUGGGGACCCCUGUAAUAGACUGUUGUUCUAGACCUCUGGCCUACAAUCAUAUGAACAAGUACAAUUGUCAUGUAAGGAAAGUAUUCCUCACUUAUGUACCUGCUCCUUUUUGUGCAACCAAUCCCUUCCACAUGAAGAAGAUCACGAAAGAAGAAAAGCCACCAACAGUGAACAACCUUGGACCACCAAGAGAAUAUUUGAAAGUGAGAUUCCCACCAUCCGUUUCUAUUGGUCAUGUUGACUGGGACAUCAAGGUUCUGGAGAAAACCCCUGAAACCUUCAUCUUCUCUUUGAAAUAUCAAAAGCUAUUUUUGCCCUGUUUGCAAAGUUCUCCAGUUGUUGGAAUCCAUCUUCUACCAGCCCUGCUAAACAUGAUCAAUAAUAAAGAUGGGAGUUGUAACCCAA